AUGGAUGAUGAAGACGAGGAGGUGAUAUUUGAGGGCCAUCCUCUGGACCAAUACCUGAAAGAUAUAGGAUUCAGAGAUUAUGAAAGUGAAACUCCAAACAUUCAGAAGAGAUGCGAGAAAGUAACUGAGAAAUGUAGCAUUUCUACAAGGAUAUUGGAUUUUACCACAAUUCGUGAAGUCAUAGACAUCAUCACACAAAGCAGACUACUGUCUGAGGAAGAUUUUAAUUUAAUUUCCAGUUUGGACGUUGAUAAAGAACAUCAGCGUACACUAAGUUGGCAUGUGCUGCCUUUAGGUGGGCUUGUAGGUGCAGUUACAUGGACACUGAAGAGCCCACUGCUUAUAAUAGGCAUCCCUACACUACUACUGUAUGCUGCAGUGCGCUUGGCAGGCGAACGGUAUCACAGACGCUGCUUGCGGUCCGUGGCGGCUCUUGUUGGAGCAUUGCAGGAACUGCAGACCACUUCCAAGAAGGCACUCAGACGUGUGCAGGAGAAUGAGCUGAUUGCACGAGGUUUCAUGUUCUCUGUAACAGGUAGUUCUGUUGAACGACUAGAAAAUUCAUCUCUACCAAGCCUGACACGACGAUGGCACACACUACCUGGUCUUCGUGAAGGUCUGUUGUCUGCCUUAACUGCAGCUGUGCAGAGCCUUACUGAAGCGACACGAGUUCUUGUAGAGCAAUACCCUUUGAGAGGGCAGCUGGACAGGCAGCAGUUCUACCUAGCAUUUCAAGAGGCCGAUUUUCUCAACGCCAUUGGUGCUACCUGUGAAGAAGACGGCAGCAUCUCACAAGAGGUCAAAAUUGAUGUGCUAAAGGUUCUGCAGAAUUGCUAUCUUUUACUGCAGUCAGAGUUCCUUCGCCGCCUCGUUCUUACUUUCCAUCCUGAAUUGAGAGCUGAACCAUCACGUGUCAACCCAAAGAUUCUGUAUGAGCUCUUAGAAGACAUAUCAACACUUACCAAACAACUCAAUACAGAAUAUCGAAUUUUCAGCACAUAUGGUGUGCCCAGAAGAUCACCAAGUAGUGAACCACCUGCCAGUACUCCACCAAAAAAGCUAAAAUAUGAUGCUUUAUUUGUUUCGGUUCACAGCACCACAUUACAUCUACAAAACAUUCUGUAUCGAACUCAUGUUGUUGAAGAAUAUCUGGAAACUAGGGAAAAUCUUGAUGACUUAAACAGUGAAUUGUCAACACCAGAUUUGCAGACUGCAUUGAAUGAUAUCCUGAAAGAGCUCGAUAUGUGCAGGAGUUGUUGUGAGCGAGGAAUAUCAUUUCUGAACACUUUAAACAAUCCAGAACUGCCAAAAAAUUUGGAAGAAGAGGAGGAUUGGCCUGCUAGAAGCCACAGUGGGAAUGAAAAUAUUAAACAAAUACAUGUUGGAAAAACAGACCUAGAUCCUGAUGUAGAAGAUGAAGUGUUUGAAGCCGUAAGCACUGCAGACUAUUUUGAUGAUGAAAUUGACUUAUAUGACAGUACUGAAUGUAGCAGAACUGAAAAACAACAACAGAAGAAUUGCUCAAAACUGAUGUUAGAUGAACUAAAAAGUAUCCUUGUUGACAAAGCAAAAGAGUGGAAAGAACGAGAGGAAAAGGCUCUCAAAAAUAAAAGAGCUAGAGAGGGGAUAUGUGAAGCAGAAAUUGUUGUUAAAGAGACUGAGUUAGCAGAUACAGUGGCUUUAAAGACUGAAAUUUCUGAUAGUCAGAGCAGACCCGUGGAAGAGGCUGAGUUAGCAGAUACAAUGGCUUUAAAAACUGAAACUUCUGUUGACCAGAGCAGGCCAGUUGAAGAAGGGGUCAAGGAUGUGUGUGUGUCUGACCCUGAAUUUGAAGAAUGUCAGCAAGCUAACAGUGGAGUUUGUUAUGAAGACAAUUCCUCAUUCACAAGUGAAGGGGCCGACAGGGAUCUUAAUCAUAGAAAAAUAGUAGGUUCAGAAAACGGAAAAACUGACAGUAACAUUAAAUACUCAGAAAAUUAUAAUGUGCAUGAGAUUGGUGUGUUUAAGGUUGGACUUUCUUCUCCAUUUGGGUUGCAGUCAACACCUUUAUCACAUAGAUUCAUGUUGAAAGAUUCGGAAACCUUUUGUGGGACUGGGGAACACUCCAGCAGUGAAGAUAGUGAUAAUGCCUAGGUUGUUACUUUCACAAAUGAAGGUGAACAUAUGUUACUACACUGCACAACUUGGAUUUUGACAAUAUGAUGGCUCAGGAGUACAGUAAAAAUUCAUAUGCUCAGUUUUGAAUGGUUGCCAUGAUAAAUACUUUUAAAUCGUUAUCACAAUGAAAUGGUUUUAUUGUGGUUUUUUUUUUAAUGUCUUAGCGGCUGUUAUUUGUUUGUCAGGUUGCAAAUUUACAACAGCUUAUAAUACAUUUCCAACAGUGCACAAUAAUGUUUUGGCAGUCCAAAAUAAAUUUGCAACUGAACACAUACUCUCUGGGGUGUGUGUUGUGUGUUGGUCUCAGUAAAUCUCGGUGUUCUUUUAUGGUUCCUUCUUAUCAGUGCACCUCUUUGUUCCUUUUUGUUGACAGCAGGUUUUAUGAAGCAGCUUAACUGUUCACAUCGUGUAUAGUUCGGUCCUGACAUCCUAAUGGAGUCUUUAGGUGUGUGUGACAAGUGGAGAAAACAAGUUGGUGGCCAGAUUGAGGUACUUUUGUGACAAGUCCACCAAUUAAAAAAGAAGUAUGUUUACUGUGUGUCACGUGUGGUAGAAUGUGGAGAGGUUCCCUCAUGCUGAAAGUAUGUUGUGGCAAUCAUAUUCUGUAAUAUGUUCUCACAAUUUACUUUUAUUUGUACUAUGUUGGUUGUCAUGCAGCUAUCAGUUAUUAUUAUCCUCUAAAUGAGACUUCAUCAGACAGAAGCACAGCAUGACUGGUAUUUCACCAGUGGGAAAGUUCCUGCUGCUCAGCACUGUCUUCAGUGAGGUGUUGCAUGUGCUGUAGGUGAAAUAUGUACAAGUUUUCUUCAUGUAAUGGUCCCCAUGAAACUGAUAUUAGAACAUUGUGACAUGCAGAAACUUGUCACAUGCCAAUUAUAUGACUACAAUAAAUUAUAUUAAUGAUGUAUUGCAGUUUCUAAAGAUUUUGUUGAACGUCUUAUUCAGGUGAAAUAUGGAAAUCCAGAUUUCAAAUUGUCAGAAACAGCUGUUUAUAUUUUUCUAUAAUAUCUUGAUCACAUCCAGCAGAGAAACCAGAAAUAAACAUUGAGUAAGUUUUAUUGAAAACAUGUAGAAUUUUUAGUGGCUGUCUGUACAGUAUCACAAUCGAUUAUAAAUUAUUUGGUCUGGCUUAA